AGAAACAAUUGCAAAACACUUAAGUGGGAUCUGAAAGAUGCGGUGGAUAAGCUAUCGUCGGCUCUUUCAGAUACUUCUGUUGCAGUUAUCGGGUAUUCUGCUGCGAAAACGGGCAGAUGUUGUUCUUGGCAAUGUAAACGUCAGACUGGUCGAAGGGAAUGCCCCCAGUAGAGGUCGUGUUGAAAUAUCGUACAACGGAGUCUGGGGAACAAUUUGUCAUGAUUAUUGGGAGCUACCGGAUGCAAAUGUACUCUGUCGCCAGCUGGGUUUUGAAGGUGCACUGGUAGCGCUCCGUUCUGCUGCUUAUGGAAAGGGAACAGGAGUGAUAUGGUUGGAUGACGUUGAAUGUAAAGGAAAUGAGCGCUCAAUUUUCCAUUGUGGACACAAGGGAUGGGGAGUUGGGAACUGUGAUCAUAGCCAAGAUGCUAGUGUGAUUUGCAUUCCAAUUGUUCGUUUGAGUGAAGGAGUGUUCUCCCACAAGGGUCUUGUUCAAGUUUAUCAUGGUAAAACGUGGGGUUGGAUUUGUAACCAGCGGUGGAAUAAACAGAAUGCAGAUGUGGUUUGUGGAGAGUUAGGUUUUUUAAAUGCCGUAAAUGUUUACGGCAGUUUAGAGGAUAAAGGUGGCGUUAUAUGGAUGAAAAAUUUGCGGUGCACCGGCAAUGAAACAUCACUAAUCUUAUGUGACCAUGACGACUGGAAGAACCACAGCUGCACAAAUGGUCAACUCGCGGGUGUGGAGUGCACUGUGCCUGAAGUGAGGUUAGUUGGCGGAACUGCCUCAUAUAAAGGUCGCGUCGAAAUAUUCUAUGAUGGAACCUGGGGAACAAUUUGUCAUGAUUACUGGGAACUGCCAGAAGCCUCUGUUCUCUGACAUCAGCUGGGAUUCGAAAAAGCGCUACUUUCUCUUCGUUCUGCUGCUUUUGGGCAAGGGUCAGGAAUCAUAUGGAUGGAUGAUGUCCACUGUGUUGGAAACGAAACAGCGAUAACCCAGUGUAAACAUACAGGAUGGAGGGUAACAGAUUGUGAUCACACCCAAGACGCUGGUGUGAUUUGCUCACCGAAAAUUCGCCUUAGUGGAGAAAUCUAUGCUACCCAAGGUCUGGUUCAGGUUUAUCAUAACAAUGCCUGGGGAUGGAUUUGUAAUCAGCAGUGGGACGACAUAGACUCAAAGGUGGUUUGUCAGGAAUUGGGGUACGAAAAUGCAACACUGUUGUACAGUGAUCCCGUGGAUAAAGGUGGAAUAAUUUGGAUGAACAAAGUGAAUUGCAAUGGAAGCGAAGGAUCUUUAAUCUCGUGUGCUCAUGAUGGAUGGCUAGAUCACAGCUGUACAAAAGGUCGACUUGCCGGUGUGGUUUGCAGUACUCCGAAAGUAAGACUUGUUAAUGGAACAGCGCCUUACAAUGGUCGUGCGGAAAUAUUCUACAAUGGAGAAUGGGGAACAAUUUGUCAUGAUUAUUGGGAUAAUCCAGAAACAAAGGUCUUCUGUCGUCAGCUUGGAUUUGAAGGAGCAAUUACAGGACUUCGCUCUGCUGCUUUUGGAGAAGGCUCAGGAAGUAUAUGGAUGGACGACAUUAACUGUACCGGACAAGAGACUGAAAUAUCUCAGUGCGUACACAGGGGAUGGAGAGUAACAAACUGUAAACACAACCAAGAUGCCAGUGUGAUCUGCAUCCCAAACGUUCGCGUAGGUGGAGAUGAAUAUUUAGGUGAGGGUCUGGUUCAAGUUUAUCACGAAAGGACAUGGGGCUGGAUUUGCUAUGGUCAAUGGGACAAAAAUAAUGCUGAUGUAGUUUGUCGAGAGUUAGGAUAUACAAAUGCUUCUUCAUCAUACAGCAGUCCUGCAAACACAGUUGGCAAGGUGUGGAUGAAUAAUGUGCAGUGCCAGGGAACUGAAAAUUCAUUACUUUCCUGUGCCCAUGAUGGCUGGAAAUAUCAUAGCUGCACAAACGCUCACGUGGCUGGCGUGUUUUGUGCUUUUCCUGAAGUGCGUUUAGUCGGUGGAACAAGGCCAUUCAAGGGCCGUGUAGAAAUUUUCUUCAACGGGGCCUGGGGAACAAUUUGUCAUGACUACUGGGAACUGCCAGAAGCUAAUGUUGUAUGUCUUCAGCUGGGAUUCGAAGGAGGUCUAUUAGCACUUCGUAAUGCUGCUUAUGGACAAGGGUCAGGAAUCAUAUGGAUGGAUAAUGUCAAUUGUACGGGGAAGGAGAAAGCAAUAUCUAAGUGUAAACAUAAGGGAUGGAGAGUGUCAGAUUGUGACCACAGUCAGGAUGCCAGUGUCAUUUGCACACCAAAAGUCCGUUUAGCAAAUGACGCAGUGGCCAGUGACGGCCUCGUUCAAGUUUACCACAACAAAAUAUGGGGCUGGAUCUGUGAUCAGCAGUGGGACAAAAACGACGCUGAUGUCGUUUGUAGCGAGCUUGGGUACACAAACGCUAUUUCAACGUACAGCCAGUUCUCAAACAAAAACGUUGAUGUAUGGAUGAACAAUGUGCACUGUGUUGGCAAUGAAAUAUCACUGUUUUCGUGUAGACGCGAUGAGUGGGAAAGGCAUUUCUGUCCCAGUAACAAACUAGCCGGUGUGGUAUGCAAAACUCCUGAAGUCAGGCUAGCUGGGGGAGAUGCUUCAUAUCAAGGUCGAGUUGAAGUAUUUUACGAUGGAGCAUGGGGAACAAUAUGCCAUGACUAUUGGGAACUACCGGAAGCUAAUGUAGUCUGUCGACAACUGGGAUUUGAACAAGCAUUGGAAGCUCUCCGUUCAGCAGCGUUUGGAGAAGGUUCGGGUGUCAUUUGGAUGGAUGACGUAAAUUGUACUGGAAAUGAGACUGCAAUUACUUAUUGUAAGCAUAAAGGAUGGAGAACGACGGACUGCACACAUAAGCAAGAUGCCAGUGUGAUUUGCAUACCAAAAGUUCCUGUUUCUAGUCCUGUUCCAUCUGAACAGACAAAGGUUGAUAAACAUGUCGCUAUUUUUGGGUCAGUUGGUGGGGUCCUCGCCUUGGUGGUUGUAUGUAUAGUUCUCUUCAUUUUCAAACCUUGGAAACGCUGGCAACGUCAAAACAGAGAUAGACCACCUGGGGUCCGCGAAGAAGCAAUUAGGCCCGAAAUUAACGAGGCACUUGACUUGGAAGGCAGUAAUGAUAACAAUAGGGUCUUGUGUCGUGGGCCAGGAACUCACAUUCUUAUGAGUAGAAUAAGAUCUGAGGAAAGGGAAGACGCAGAGCCGACGCUGGACAAUUUGGAAAUAAAUGAAUAUGCAACACUUAAUCCGGGAACCCGCUCCUGGGAAGUGGAAAGAGAAAAUAUAAUCAUUAAGAAGAUCAUUGGAGAUAGUUCUUUCGGUCAAGUCGCUCAGGGUACAGCUACAAGCCUGCCAGGAAGAGAGGGAAGAAUAACGGUGGCCAUAAAAAUGCUAUAUGAUGGCGGUACAGUCGAAGAAAGAAAUGCUUAGUUGUCUGAGGUCGAAGUUCUGAAGAAACUCAAACCUCAUCCCCACCUCAUCCAACUGCUGGGAUGCGUCACUGUAUCAGAUCCUCUACUCGUAAUAAUCGAGCACAUUCCGUAUGGAGAUCUUUUGGGUUAUUUAAGGAAGAGCCGAAACGUAGAUGAUAACUAUUACAGCGACCCAGAUGUUAAGCUACAGACGAGUUUAACUUCCCUGCAGUUGAUGAAGUUUUCUCGGCAAGUAGCUGAUGGCAUGGAAUAUCUGUCGUCCAAGGAGAUUAUUCACCGCGACCUUACAGCCCGCAAUGUCUUGGUUGGAAAUCAGGAAAUAUGUAAAGUAACUGAUUUUGGAGUGGAGCGACACGUGGGCCGGGAAAAUACCUAGCAAUGUAGAACAGUGAUUAAAGCGAAGAGUGCCGGCGAAAUGGACUGCUAUUGAACCAUUCGAGAGUGGACUAUACACCACGCAAAGUGAUGUGUGGCUUGCCUUAUCCAUCUUUUAAAGGACCACACGUGAUAAAACUACUUAAACAAGGCUACAGAAUGCCAAGGCAACAACACCUGCAUAAUGAUUUGUACAAAAUCAUCCGAUACUGCUGGCAAAAGAAUCCUGAUGAUCGUCCAACGUUUGAAAAACUUAGGAAGGAUUUGAAGGAAAUGGAAAAUCAACAUCAGAGGUUCAUCAACAUGCAAUUGUACGACAACAAGCUCUACGAAAAUUUGGAUUGAAAUUGAUUUUCAAGAGUUAUGGAAAUCUCAUAACCCAAACUGGCAAAGUCAUUAUAUAUUCUAACAAAAAUGAUUCGGUAGUCUACAAAGUUAUGAAUAUAGGAGAAAAAUAUUUAGUUACUCUUACAACACAUUUCUCUUUUGGAAGGACGCACUCAAAAAUCUAUAUAAAGAUUUGAGAUUAAAAGCUAGUAUCAACCCGUUUUUUGCUAGAUAACGAUACAACUAUUAACAAAAUUUAAAAGAAAAUAAACAAAAUACCAUCCUGGGCCUAGUAAUUCGAAGGCCGACUAGCGCUAACCCAAGGUUGAAUUUUUAUCCAGGUUUUUUUUAUUUCUUCUUUCAAAAGCCUUUUUGGGAUUAUAUUCUCUAUUCCUUUUAGGGCCUCCAAUCAUCAUAUUUUAGACGAAGAAUUAGCAGUAAUUUUCUUUUAAAGCUUUCGCAUCUAAAAUCAGAUCUCGCAAUAAAAUGGGUUAUCCCUAUCUUUGAACAA